GAGACAAAGAAAGGGCGGCUCCUCGGGACGAUCCGCGCCGCUUCUCCCGCGCCGCUCCCAGCGCCCCUGCCCCUAGUGCCCGGCGUUGGUAGCUCCUGCUUGGUGAUGGGACCCCUGAGGCCUGCUGCCCCCCUAGGCAGGGUGCUCUGGGCUCUCCUCCUGGCACCGCUGGGCCGGGCCACCAGCCUCCCUCGGGGGGGAGAUGCCAUCUGCACAGCCCAGCCCCUGGCCAGGUACCGCGUCACCUUCACAGGGAAGUGGAGCCAGGCCACCUUCCCCAAGCAGUACCCCCUGUUCCGGCCCCCUGCCCAGUGGUCCUCCCUGCUGGGGGCCACCCACAGCUCCGACUACAGCAUGUGGAAAAAGGAUGAGUACGUCAGCAACGGGCUGAGGGACUUUGCAGAGAAGGGUGAGGCCUGGGCCCUGAUGAGGGAGAUCGAGGCAGCUGGAGAGAAAAUCCAGAGCGUGCACGGGGUGUUCUCCGCCCCCGCCGUCCCCAGCGGCACCGGGCAGACCUCCACGGAGAUGGAGGCCCACUACCGGCACUCGCUGGUGUCCUUCGUGGUGCGCAUCGUCCCCAGCCCUGACUGGUUCGUGGGGGUCGACAGCUUGGACCUGUGCGAAGGGGACCGCUGGAAGGACGAGGCGGCCCUGGACCUUCACCCUUACGACGCGGGGACCGACAGUGGUUUCACCUUCUCUUCCCCCAACUUUGCGACCAUCCCACAGGCCCCGGUGACUGAGAUAACGUCUUCCUCUCCAAGCCACCCAGCAAACUCCUUCUACUACCCCCGGCUGAAGUCCCUGCCCCCCAUCGCCAGAGUGACGCUGGUGCGGCUCCGGCAGAGCCCCCGAGCCUUCGUGCCCCCCACCCUGGACCUGGGUGGCAGGGACAACGAGAUCAACACCCUUCCAGUUCUAGAAACGCCGCUGGACUGCGAGGUCUCGCUGUGGUCGCCCUGGGGGCUGUGCGGAGGGCCGUGCGGGAAGCUGGGCGCCAAGCGCAGGACCCGCUACGUCCGCGUGCAGCCGGCCAACGCGGGGACCCCCUGCCCGGAGCUCCAAGAGGAGGCGGAGUGCUUCCCGGAUAACUGCGUCUAAGACGAGCAGCGGGUCUGGGUCACACGCGGCUGUGGCCGGCGGCGCGAGGUGGUUUGGUUGUCUUCUGCUCGCAGCGACCUUCCUGACCCCGAGGCAGGGCCGGGGGCCGGGGUCCGGGCCGACCCUCUGCACGGGAGCGCGGCGCCCUUUGGGCGGCCCCCUCCGCCCGCGUCUCUGCUUCAGACCCGGUGGUCCUGGUGGCUCCACCCGUGUCCGCCCUGGAGGGCCCUGCGGCGUGCGCCACUGGCCGGGAGGUGGCCUUCCGUGAGCGCCCACGCCGAGGUCCUCAUGCACUGCAGGCGCCCGGGAGCACCCGCCCUCCCCCGCUCCCGCCCCGCGGGCCUCUGGGCGCGCCCCGCUCUGGCGGCCGGGGAGGGUGCGGCGGGCGGAGGAGCCGGGGGGCCCUGG